AUGGAAGCUGCGAUGGCUGCGAGGGUAGUGCAUCUACUCGUCGGCAACGGAACAACAAGGACACCAGAGGGGGUUAGGGAUGAAGAGCGGCAGGGGCCGAUGAUCGCGGUACGUGCGGUCGCCGACUGCUGCACUUUCGCACUUCUCGUGGCUGGUCGCUCGUGUUGUAUACCAAUAACAUUUGAAACCUUCAACCGUUCAAUUUUUCAACUUCCUCAUCAUGAAAAUGCAUUUUUUCGAAUCUUUUCCAGCGCUCCAAGGACCCUUAAAGACAAUUUUCUAUUUUCGUUGGCCUAG